AUGUAUCCUUGGUGCUGGAUUUACAGAGAGAAGAUAGCCAGGUUUAGCCCAACGAGCAAGAAAGGCGCCAAAGGUCCUCAGCCAUGCUCAAAAGUCAAGCACAUCGAAGUCGACAUGAUAGCCCCCAGAAGCUCCCACCAAACUUUGUCCGGCAAAAAUCCGAAAAUCGGACCUCAAAUAUGCGACUUUUGGGGCUCAAAGUAUGCUAACUCGGGCAAAGUCGCGUCUUCGAGCCUCCCGGGCCGGAACCGGCCGUCUGAUUCUGCUAUAUCCGCCAGCACUGAGCUCGCCAUUUCCUUCUACUCCUUACUCUCCCUUCCAAGGAUACCCCUCGUAAACCUCAAAAAUGCACAUAGCACAGCAUCCGCAAAGGACGGUUCGUUCCCCAUAACGAAUUCCAAACCCUCUUUCGGGAGCCACUUGUCGAUCUUCCCUAGCCCCGCCUGCACCUUCGCCCACUGGUUCUCCCUCUCCUCUCCCUCUGGGACCUCCACAACUACACCCAGUCCCGUUAUAUCAGAAUACGACGAUACCCGUGAUCAAGCUCAAGGGUUCUUCGAGGGGGGCUGGUGCACAGGUGAUGCUGACUUAGCAGUGGAGAUCAUUGUGGACAUUGUAAGAGGAGACGGCAAGGCAAAAGGCAAGGAGUGGCCCACAUAUCUUGUCUUUGGGCCUGGUGGUGAUGUGGCGAUAAAGAGCAAGUGCGAAAAAAUGGUGAAAGUUUUAGAUGAGUGGAAGGAUGUUACCGGGGUACUGAGUUAG